UUUGCGUAACUUUGAAGCUUCCAUCUCAGCAGCAGGUCCGACGAGAUAAUCCCCGUUCUGAUAAUGGAGGAGGUAGUAGAUCGACCAGCAGACGGAGUUGGUAAUUCAAAACGAAGCGGGAGUCCUAAGUAUAACGAGUGCAUUAAGGUCCCGCGUCCGGCUUUGGUUUUUGAUCCAAAAAGCGGAUCUCUUCCAUUGUUGUUGCUGUCUCUAGAAGAGAGCGGUUGUCGUGUGUACAACCCUGACGAAGACAAGGUUUACGAGACGAAGAGUGACUUUUCAGGGUGUCGAUUCCUGGCAAACUCGGGUAAGUGGUUCCUGGUGUUAGAUGAAUCUCGAUCGGAUCUCUAUAUCGUAGAUGUGUUUAGCGAGGAGAGGAUCCAUCUUCCGCCUCUAGAGUCAACCAAGGGUGGCCUUUAUAAUGUUGAGCGAGUAGGAGAUAAUGAAUUCAAUGUUGGUUAUAUGGAUGGUUUUAGGGAUGGUUUUAUGGAUGGUGAUCCGUCUCUUCACACUAUUAUAUAUUUGAGAGGUCUUUUGUGGGUAGACGACAAGAACGGAGACGACUAUGUUGUUGUGUGGCAAUUUCAUCAAGGCGAAUUUCUAGGCUUUUGCAAGAAAGGUGAUUCACAUUACCGCGAUAUUCCAAUACGGGUCGAUGUUCGCAGGGAGUUCCGAGGUCUAAAUGAUGUGGUACUCAAAGGUUACAGUGUUUACUACCUGGCGACCCGUGGCUACAUUCGACACCUGGAUUUGUCUGGACAAGAUGGUUUCAAGGAUGUGUCCGAGCUCCUUCGGUUUCCAAUGUGGAAUAAGCCAGAUUUGCCUAGUGUUGAUUUCGGAAAAAAGGUCAUCUCAUCUGGCGAUAGCAUUGCUGUUACAACAUCAGGAGAGGUUUUGUUGGUUUUUACCAGGGCUUACGAGCCAAUCUGUGAAACGUCUAGGAUCUUCCGCGUCUACAAGAGGAAACAUAUACAGCUAAACCCGAAAUACUAUGACACCAUUCUUGUUGAGGUGGAAUCUAUAGGCGAUGAGGCCCUGUUUUAUGAUUUGAGUAUCACCGUACCUGCUAACCAUAUCCUUGGUAUUGAGCCUAACUCCAUCUAUUUCACCCGUAAUGACCGUUUCGGUCUCGACAACGGUAAAAGUCCAUGCCUCGACAUAUGUGUGUACAACAUUGCAACAAGGAACAUCAAACAUUUCCCUAGUCUCUUCAACUUAAACCUCAAGGAUGCACAGUGGUUUCUCCCCUCUUGAUUUUUAAAUUUUUUUUUGCGUUUGUCAUUUUCAUGUGUUCAAUCUUGCAACAAAGACCCUCAGACGCCUGCCUCCCCAUGAUUUCUC